AGUUAAUAUUUUGCAUUACUUGAGUAAACAGUUUUUUAUUUUCUUUAUUAAGUAGUCUAAAAAUAUACAACAAAAGCAACAAGAAAUUAUGCUGAAAUAAAUUAAAUAUUAAUAAUAAUUAAAAAUAAAUAAAAAACGGAAAAAAUAUUUCUUUAAAAUAGGAAAAUUUUUUAAUAAGUGUGAAAACAAUUUUAAGAAAAUGUAAAAGUCUUGAGUGCGUAUGAGCAAUUUUCAAUAAUAGUUCAUAAAAUAUUUAAAUUGGUGUGUUUUUUUUUUUUAAUUUUUAAUUUUGUUUAUAAAAUUCACUAGACAAAGUUUAAUUAAAAACCAAUAUUAAGUUGCAGCACAAUAAAAUUGGACCAUGAUGUGACAAUAUUUCUCUAUUCGUCGUCUCUCUAACUAAUGACAAUAUUAUCUUUUUGUGAUAUUAAUUGAAAUAAAACAAACUAAAUUAAUUAAAAAUUUAACAAAAACAACAACUACGAAAUUAUUAAACUAUAAAUUGCACAUUCUCUACAAAAAAACAACAACAAUUAAAACUCCUACUAAACAGAUCUAAACUAAAAUGGAUUUCGAUCAGAUCUUAGCAAAAUGUGGCGAUUUUAAUCGUUAUCAACUCUUAAUUUUGACUCUUUUUGGAGUCGUCAAUGUCAUUGUAUCAAUGCAUUAUUUUACUCAAACUGUGAUAAGUUUUGUGCCCGAUCACUGGUGCUAUCAUGAGAAAUUGGAAAAUAAAACUUAUGAUGAGAUAGCCGCUAUCUAUGCGAGAGUGCCGAAUCCUUCAUGCACCAAAUUGGAUGAUAUAAAUGGUUUGAAUAUAACGAUCAGUAAAGAGAAAUGUACUAGAUGGAUUUAUAAAUAUGAUUUUGGUUAUAGAAGUAUGAAUACAGAGUUAAACUGGGUUUGUGAGUCUUCGUACAAGGCUCGCAUAGGCCAAUCUUUGUUCUUUAUUGGUUCUGUGGUGGGCACUUUAUUUUAUGGUUUACUUUCGGAUAAAAUUGGUCGUUUGCCUGCUUUGAUUUUAUCGAAUUUAUCUGGCUUCGUGGGCGACUUUUCCACUAUAUUUACGACUAGUGUUACCUCGUUUACUUUGUGUCGUUUUAUUUCGGGUUUGGCGGCAGAUACGAAUUUUUAUCUUAUGUAUAUAAUAGUUCUCGAAUACUUACGUCCUUCCAUGCGCACUUUUGGCCUUAACUUGGCCGUUGGUAUUUUCUAUACCAUAGGUCUGGUCUUUACUCCCUGGCUGGCGGUUUUGGCAGGCCAUUGGCAAUACUAUUUGGCCUGUACCUCCAUACCCAUACUUUUUAUAGCUCUUUACUAUUUUAUCGUCCAAGAAAGUGCUCAAUGGCUGGUGACACGCAACGAUAUAGAUGGUGCCAUCAAAAGACUGAAAAGAGUGGCCAAAUUUAAUGGACGUAAAGUCAGCUUAACAGAAUUUGAAGAAUUUCGUAAAUACUGUGAAAAGCAGAGACAAAAACAGGGCGGAGAUGAUCAAAGACAUUCGAAUUUAAUCGAUAUGUUUAGAACACCCCGAAUGCGCAAACAUACCUUAAUAUUAUUCUUCAAAUCCAUGGUCAUUACUCUUUGCUAUGAUGUGGUCUCGCGUAAUGUCGAAGGCAUGGGUAUUUCCCCGUUUAUUAUGUUCUCCCUAAGUGCUUUGGUGGUUUUACCCUCUUCCCUACUAUUGGUUUUACUACAAGAUCGCAUAGGCCGCAAGGGCAUGGCCUCGGGUUCUCUACUGGUGGGUGGCUUUUUCACUGUUGCCGCUGGCAUUGCCAUUGCUUAUCAACAAGAAAAUCAUAAUGCCAUUUUAUUGGCCUGUCUCACUAUUGCUGCUCGUUUUGGAGUGGCGAUUUCUUAUGAAUCGGGUUCUCAAUAUGCCACGGAAUUAAUACCAACUUGUGUUCGCGGUCAGGGAGUGGCUGCCGUUCAUGUGGCUGGUUUUGCAGCCUCUUUCCUGGCUCCUUAUAUUUUGUGGUUGGGUACAUUCUUUAAGGCUGCUCCCUCGAUUAUUUUGGGUGUUUUAUUUUUUACUGGCUCUUUGGUUUGUUUGCUGUUGCCAGAGACCUUGAACAAAACCCUCCCUAAAACUCUUGAAGAAGGUGAAACUUUCGGUCAAGGUGAAAGUAUGUUUGAUUUUCCCUGUUUAUCGAAGAACAAAAAUUCCUCUACAGAUUCAGAUUCCGAAGCAGAACCCUAUACAAAACGUAAACACUCACUGACAGCUGGUCUAGAACGUGGUGGUGUUGUAGUUAGUGCCAUAAGGCCCGAUAUAGAUAACAAUAGUAAUAGUUGUACAUAACAAAUUUUGUAAUUAAUUAAAAACGCACAAAAAACAUAGUUAACAUUUAUUAAAAUCCCCCCUGCACUUUCAUUAAGCACAUAAACACACAAAUAAUUAUAAUUAUUAUAGCUAGUAGUACUUAAGGUACUUAAAUUAAGGACUUUAAUUACAAUUAAGUAUUUUUUAUACCAUUUAACUAUAAACUUUAGCUAAUUACUUGUAUGAAUGUUUAUAUAAAAAAUUAUUAAAUAACUAAAAAUGCCUUUAUGCAAAGUCUAAAUAAUAAAUUUUCUACAUGUUUAGGGACUAUUUGAAUAAUCAAUUUUUAUUUUUAGUUAUUUAAAUUUUUCACUUUUAAUUAAGCCUAAGUUCCAUUUAGUACAUUUUAGAUGUCAGUUAAAUUUAUCCAAAAAAGAAGGAAUUAAAUGUAAAUAUGGCACAGUUUUUACUUAAUUGUUUUACUUUAUAUGAAUCUAAAUUUGCAACACACCUAUUUUAUUAUUAAUAAAACUAAUUAUUUUAUAUUUUAAAAUUAAUAUAAUUAUAAAAAAUAAAUAGUU